UCAAAUUAAGCAAACGCAGACCUGUCAAAGUAACGUCUUUUCGCCGGAAGUAGCGAUGGUCCUUCAUACUCUUGUUCGCUCGUUCCCUCUCUUUUCCGGUGUAUCAGCCAUUUGUAAGCAGGCACAUUCUGCAUCGCUGGACAAAUUCGAUUGAAAAUGUCGCUCGUGAUUCCAGAGAAGUUCCAGCACAUUCUCCGUGUGCUGAGCACCAACAUCGACGGAAAGCGUACCGUACCGAUUGCGCUGACUGCGAUCAAGGGUGUCGGUCGCCGCUAUGCCCACGUCGUCCUGAAGAAGGCCGAUGUCGACCCUUUCAAACGUGCCGGCGAGUGUUCGGAUGAGGAGGUAGAGAAGAUUAUCACGAUCAUCUCGAACCCGCGUCACUACAAAAUCCCGGACUGGUUCCUCAACAGACAGAAGGACAUCGUCGAUGGAAAGUACAUGCAACUGACCUCGUCGAACAUCGACUCCAAGCUUCGUGAAGAUCUGGAGCGACUGAAGCGAAUUCACGCUCAUCGCGGUAUGCGCCACUACUGGGGUCUGCGUGUCCGUGGUCAGCACACGAAAACUACCGGUCGCCGCGGUCGUACCGUCGGUGUAUCCAAGAAGAAGUAAGCAGCAACUAAGAGAACGAUCGGUAAUCUUCCGCUCAUUCGCCGUGUUCGUUGUAUAAGGCCGGUAAAUUAAACAACUGUGGAGAGUGUCGGAAUGUGUUGAAGGCGACGUUGUGAUGUGUGCGAUAAGAAUUAAGAAUCAUUUGAGUGUCGGUGUGUCGAUUCGUCGCGUAUUACAGUGAUGUGAGAUGCAUUUUGCUUUCCAAUAAAUGGUUCUUAUCGAAAAGGUA